UAAAAUCCAAAAUGGCCGGCGUUCGCCUCGUUUUCACCAAAGCCUUCAUGGUCACAGUGCUUCUCACCCUGUUGCUGAACAUUGGCGUGAAACCUGCAGAGGGUCAAUUUUCAGCUUGCAACAUCAACGACCGACCACAUCGCCGUGGGGUGUGUGGCUCGGCUCUGGCCGACCUCGUGGACUUCGCAUGUUCGAGCAGCAACCAACCGGCAAUGGUCAAGAGGAAUGCAGAAACA